AUGCACAGAGGGUCCAGGGCCGGGGGUAGUGCCAGGGACGCGGGCGUUGGGUGGUGGUGGUGUCGAGGUGAUCUGCAGCGCUGUAGGAGACGGCUAGGGGAGGCCCGCACGCCCGUUUCGGUGGCUGGCAGCGUGAUUUGUCGCGCGCUCACUGCCCACUGCUCGCGGCACGCGGCUCGCUGCCCCCUUCUGGCGGCCACGGGGACCAACGGGGAGACACGCUUAACUUCAAGGAAACUCACACAACGUCUACGGCAGUGCUCCUUCCUUGCGUCGUGGAGAUCCUUCGACGCCUGGCGGUGCCCAUCGUCUGGCGGGUGGGCACUGACGCUGGGCUCACUGGGUGCCUCCACGGCUUGGCGGGCCAGCCGCGCUAACACUCGCACUUUUCCACUCAACUUUUCUCCUCUACCACCGUUCUCUGCAGACAACGCCCAACACCGAGUUUCUUGCCGCACACUGCACACUGCACACCACGCACCGUCGCGCUUUGUAUGCCGACGACCGCUAGCUGCUCUUGAGCUCCGUGUUGGGCUCCCACUCACCACUCGAUCAGACUCGAUCACGGGACGUAGAUGGCAGUCUGCUAGCCUGUUACCCGCUAGGCGCUCCUACUGACGCACCACGUUAAAGUCACUAUCUGGGCUAUAGAUUCCAUGCUCGUCUCCAGAGCACCCUCCCAGCUUGCGUAG